AAUGGGCAUAAUUAUGUCUACAAAUUUGGUCCUUGUUUCACUCUUAUUCUUUAGUGUCAUUUCAGCUGUCCCAACAAUGUCCCAAACCUUAAACCACACGAAUCUCCUAGCUGCCGUUGGAGACAUGAGGGCCCAAUCCUUCUAUGGCUUUGCCAUCCUUCUCCAAAUGCUCAACGCCACCACCCAACUAACCCUAAGAGACAUCACCUUCUUCAUCCCCCUUGACCCUCAGCUCUCGAACAUCUCAAUACCGACCGACCAUCUUGAGUCGUUCGUCCUCAGUCAUUCGAUUGUCAUGCCGCUGCAAUUCAGUGACUUGAUUCGAUUUCCCACUGGCUCCAUCGUUCCUUCGGGUUAUCGUAAUAGGAUGAUCAGAAUCCAUAACCAUGGAAGAGGCCAUUUUCUUGUCAAUAAUGCUGCCGUCACUAUUCCUAAUGUUUGUUCUAGUUCCGGGGGUAUUAAGUGUCAUGGGAUUGAUAAGGUCAUUGAUUACGGUAAUGCUUAUGAUAAUCAUAAUGUUUAAUUUCUAGGGUUAUAUCU